UAGAAACGGCAAAAGGAGUUUGCUUUCAGUUUGGGUGCCGUGGUGGUGGAAUUGGUCCUUCAAGUCUGAAAUUUUCCUCCUUUGUCAGUUCCAUGCCACCUAUUAUAAUCAUUUGGGUGUUUAGAUUUUCGUGUAACAGGGCCUGUUGGAAUAUGAGAAAGAUGGUAUACUAUUGACUAUCCAACUCUAGUAUGCAACUUAUAGUCUUAUACUAACUAAUCACUAAGAGAAAAAUCCAAAGAACAAAUCUGAUUGAUUAGACUGUGUCCGCUGGCGUCAGUUUGUUUCAAUCUGACCUGAGAACAAAUCUUCAGUUAAGAAGUCCCUCUUGUGGUCCAUCACAGAUUUUAUUUGAAAUGUCUGCGACUGCAUGUUAAAACCAUGGAGGGUUGGCGUCAGUUUGGGCCAAAUCCAUGCUCUUAGCGGAUCCCAUUGUCUUGGCGGAUCCCAUUGUCUCUAAUGAUUAAAUUUCAACUCAAAAGUUUGCUAAAGGCAUCUCCUCGGUGAGAUGGCUUCAGUUAAUCUCCUGAAACGGAUCAUCAACUGAAGGGCACUCUCUUGUAUAUAAAUUUCCCUCACAAAACUAACCACUAUAUAUAUGAAGCAAGCUCAGCCAAGCAUUGGAUAUCAAUCACAUUGUUUCUUCAAGGGAAAUCCACCAUGGCAAGACCAGAGCAGCAGAGACCACGAUGGACCGAAGAAGAAGACCGGGUGCUCUUUGAAUGUAAAAGCAGAAAUAAGAAUCAACCGUGGCCAGAUAUCGCAAAGCUGGCAGGGCUGAGUAGGAGUGGUAAGAGUUGUAGGGAGAGGUGGAAAAACCACCUGGAGCCUAAAGUCAAGAGAGGCAACUUCUCCCAAGAGGAAGACGAAACCAUCAUCCGCCUACAUUCAAGUCAUGGGAAUAGCUGGGCAUUUAUAGCAAAGCAUCUUUCAGGGCGAACCGAUAAUGCUGUCAAGAACCACUAUAACCACCAUUUGAAGGAUAAGCUAAUUGGGAGAAGUACUGAUCAUCAGAAUAUUCCUCAUCCACAAAGUAGCACCGGGGAUCAGCCACAUGCCACACAACUCUUUGAUUUCAACCACAAUAUUGAUCCAUAUGCAAGCUCAGGCUCCAUUCCUACACCAGUUUCAGCCUCACAAGAAAUCGCCAACCCUUGGUCCACUUCUCAAUUAGCCUACCCAGAAUUUCCAAGGGGGUAUCUCCCGAGUGAUGAUGAGACUAUCCAUUACUCUUUCGGGGGAGAUUACUUUGGGUUUGAACCCACACAACUCUUUGAUUUCAACCACAAUAUUGAUCCAAAUGCAAGCUUGGGCUCCAUUCCUACACCAGUUUCAGCCUCACAAGAAAUCGCCAACCCUUGGUCCACUUCUCAAUUAGCCUACCCAGAAUUUCCAAGGGGGUAUCUCCCAAGUGAUGAUGAGACUGUCCAUCACUCUUUCGGGGGAGAUUACUUUGGGUUUGAGCCCACACAACUCUUUGAUUUCAACCACAAUAUUGAUCCAUAUGCAAGCUCAGGCUCCAUUCCUACACCAGUUUCAGCCUCACAAGAAAUCGCCAACCCUUGGUCCACUUCUCAAUUAGCCUACCCAGAAUUUCCAAGGGGGUAUCUCCCGAGUGAUGAUGAGACUAUCCAUCACUCUUUCGGGGGAGAUUACUUUGGGUUUGAACCCACACAACUCUUUGAUUUCAACCACAAUAUUGAUCCAAAUGCAAGCUCAGGCUCGAGUCCUACACCAGUUUCAGCCUCACAAGAAAUCGCCAACCCUUGGUCCACUUCUCAAUUAGCCUACCCAGAAUUUCCAAGGGGGUAUCUCCCGAGUGAUGAUGAGACUAUCCAUCACUCUUUCGGGGGAAAUUCCUUUGAGUUUUAGCCUUGGAUUUCUGGAUAGGUUUCAGCCUCACUGGAGAGCGAGUUCAUGCCAACGGAGGAAGUCACCAUAAAAUGGUCCGAUUGAAAAUAUAUAUAUAUAUAUAGGCGUGUGUGUUUGUUCCAUGUUCAUGAAUCCAUCUUAUA